AUGGUUAGAAAUUACAAACGAAAAACAAAUCGUGGAAAUUAUGAUAAAAGCAAUAUGAAAUUAGCUAUCCAAGCUGUCAAAAAUAAAGAAAUGACAUUAAGUAAAGCUGCUAAUGAAUAUUCGGUUUUAAAAGAUUCUCUCAACAGAAGAGUUAAUAAAUCAAUAAAAACAAUGCCUGAUGAUAAAACACACAUAAAAUUGCUUGGUCCUUAUAGAAAAGUGUUAUCUGAUGCCCAAGAAAAAGGUUUAGCACAGUAUAUAAUCAAAAUGGAGUUAGUCUUUUAUGGUCUAUCAAUUAAUGAACUUCAAAGGGUGGUGUAUGACUAUGUUUCUAUUCGAAAACCUGAGGCAGUAUCCAUAAAUCGAGUUUUUGGUUCAAAUAAGGCUGCUGUUCAAAGAUAUUUUGACAAUCUGGAAAAACUUAUUAACGAAAACCAGUUUGAAGCAAAUCGCAUCUACAACUGUGAUGAAUCUGGAUUAACAUGUGUUCACAAGCCUUUAAAAGUAAUAGCUCAUAAAAGCCAACGUGUUGUAUCUUCAGUAACUAGUGGUGAGAGAGGCCAAACAACAACUAUUAUACUAGCUUUUAAUUGUGUGGGACACUACAUACCUCCUAUGAUUAUUUUAAAAAGAAAACGGAUGCUAGAUUUAUUGAUUGAUGAUGCACCACCAGGAACACUUGGACGCUGUUCUAAAAGUGGUUGGGUAGAUACAAAUUUGUUUAUGGAUUUUAUAAGACACUUUGUAAUACAUGGAAAUUGUAGCACUACAAAAAAGUGUUUGUUAAUUCUUGAUGGUCACAAAUUACACACCAAAAAUCUUGAUCUUCUCAAUUAUGCUAGCAUAAAUGGAUUGCAUAUUUUAUCACUACCACCACAUACAUCCCAUAAGCUCCAACCACUUGAUCGAUCUUUGUUCAAACCUUUGAAAAGUGCUUAUAACUUAGUAUGCACAACAUGGAUGAGAAAGCACCCAGGAAGAAGAAUUACAGUUGAUAAACUUUCAGGACUAUUUUGUCAAGCUUAUGUGAAAGCAGCUACAGUGGAAAAUGCUAUUUCUGGAUUUCGAGUAACAGGCAUCAAUCCUUUUAAUCGAGGAAUCCUUCCUGAGUCAGAUUAUUUUGAAAAUCCAUGUUUAAAAGAUAGUAAUACAAACAUAAUAUUUAAUGAAAUAGCAGAUAUAAAUCCUAAACAAUCAUCUACAACUAAUUCUUUAAUUGGGCCGAACCAAAAUUUGAAUGUUCAAACAUCCAUUGCUAGUUUUUCAGUUAAUGAAAUAAAUGCCUCGUUGUCAAUUUCAAACUCUCAACAGCUUUCUUUUACUGAUAUAUUAUCAAUUCCAGCUAUUGAAGUGAAGACAACAAAAAGAAAGGGAGAAAAGUCAGAAAUUUUGACUAGCACAUCGUAUAAAAAAACUUUGUAG